AUGCAACAAGCACUCCCCUACAAAGAUUGCCUUCCCACCACCACCUCCUCCAACGGUGGCGCCACCACCACAGCAGCUAACUCAAGUAUAACAAAAUUGGUGGCGGAGAAUCCAGUGGUGGUGUUUGCCCGAAGUGGGUGCUGCAUGUGCCAUGUUGUCAAACUUUUGUUGCAGGGCCAUGGCGUCAAUCCCACCAUGUUUGACAUAAAUGAGCAAAAUGAAGCAGCCACAAUAGAAGAAUUUUCCAAGAUUAUCGAUAAUCCAGAAGAGAAAGCCGACCGGCCACCACCACCAUUUCCGGCAGUUUUUGUCGGCGGAAAUUUUUUUGGUGGGCUUGAUGAAGUUAUGGCGGCUCAUAUUUCCGGUGAACUGGUGCCUCUGUUAAGAAAAGCUGGUGCCUUAUGGCUGUGA